AUGGGUCAACAUUGUGCACAAGCCCAAGACGUGGUUGCGGUGACUGCUCAUCUCAUCCCCGAGCCCUGCCAUCGCACCACAGCUCAGAAUACGCUCUGCGCCUUUACCAGUACUCGAUCCUCGUUCCUUCAGCUUCGGGAUAUCCGCAACUUCAGCGCCAUGUCGUCUCAAACCCAAACACCUACUACGCCGGCCAAGUCCCAAUUGCCCCCUCUGACCCCGGCCGAGUUCAAGGUCUUCAACCGGAUGGCAGAGAAGAUGAAUUACUUUCACAACCACUUCCGCCACCAAUGGACCCUCCUCCACGACGCAGCUACCUCCGGCCGCCGUCCCUCAAACAUGACCCUCAAACAGUUCAUCGAUACGGGUCUCCAGUUUGCCCGCCACCUCGCAGGUCACCACGGCGUCGAGGAGGCCCAUGUCUUCCCCGUACUCGCCCGCCGCAUGCCCGAGUUCCGCGGCGGGAGCGCCGGCGAGCUGCUGCAACAGCACAAGCAGAUCCACAAAGGCAUGGACGACUUCGAGGCCUACCUCCGCGCCUGCCGCUCCCGCGAGACCGAGCUCGAGCUCUCCGUUCUGCGCGAGAAGAUGGACAGCUGGGGGGAGGUGCUCUGGACGCACCUUGAUCAGGAGGUCGAGACGCUGGGGGCGGAGAAUAUGAGAAAAUAUUAUACCAUGGAGGAAAUUAAGAAUUUGCCAUUCUGA